UUGGCUAAGCAACUUGAGAUUUAGAACAGCAUCACACCUGGAUUUUAGUUUAUCUGUUAGGUUGCAUUAGAACCUUCAAGAAACAAGGUUGAUGAAUGGUGCAUCGUUGUCAGCACUGAUCCAGAAAAGAAAGAAUACACAGGAAGGAAGGAAGGGAAGUUGCUGCUGCUUACAGUCAACAUCCGGUCUACAGCUUCUGUUCAUCGUCUUGAAAGUGACAAAAGGGCAUAUUUUUUGCUGCAACAAUCACAGCCAUUCUUGUUCCUGUUUACUCUUACUCAACCAAGCUGAGGAAGUUAAAUCCGCAGCAUCCUACGAACCAACAAGCAAUUAUUAUGGAAAUUGAGUUCUGUGCAAAACCAAGAACGAAAACACACCCAAUCCUAUCUAGAAUUGGAUGCAGAGUAGAUGGGCUUUACCUUGAUUCCUUUUAUUCCACACACAGAUUUCGCUUUCAAUCCCUUCCCCCUCAUUUUUCUUCGAAAGAACGGACUCCCACGAAUUUAUCCAGAAGAACACACCCGCUAUUUCUCUAAACCUCAAGCGAAAGACUUAAAAAACGUCAAGGUGACUUGUCGUUUUCAUCAAGACGACAUGUAGCUCACCUUGAGAUCAUCCUUUCUAAUAGACCAGACCAGACCAGACCGUUUUCACCAUCCUCUGCCUGUCCCUGCUGCAAGUAAACGCAGAAACCACAUAACAAAAACUCCUUCACUCUCUCCUCCUCUACUGCAAAUCUUGACAUCCAAUUAAAACCCCUAAUUUCACUUUCUUCCAGAGGAUGGCAGGAGGUUCCCACCCCAAAUCCUCCACUCACAAACCCUCCUCCUCUUCCACCCCUGCCCCCCACCGCAAAUCCCGUUGGGAAUCUACCUCCAACAACAACAACAAUCCACCACCACCUCAAUCCAACCAGAAACUCCCUAAACCAAACCCUUCCCCAAAGCCUAACACUGGGCGAUCCCCCAAGCCCGCUACUCCUACUGCAGGCCCAAUCCAACCUUCACAAGUCCCUCCGUUCCCGUUCCCAGACCUCGGCCCUCCUCCACCACCUACCUACGGCUUUCACAUGCUUGAACGCCGCACUAUUAUGCUCGCCGACGGCAGCGUCCGUUCUUACUUAGCUCUCCCCCCAGAUUACCAAGACUUCCCUCGUCCUCCUCUUCCGCCGCGGUUCCUUCACGGUGGGCCCACCCCCGAAUUUCUUCCCAGUGGGCCUCGCUUCCCUCCACGGAGCCCUGAUGUGCUAGGUUUUCAAAAUCAGAAUAAGAGGAAAUUUGAAGAGGAAUUAGUGAAGCACGGGAAUAGUAGUAGUAGUAACUAUAACAACAACAAUUCAAAUGGGAGAAAUUAUACUUUUGGGGGUGCCGGGACUAGUAAUGCGGGGGAUGAAAUGAGAGCGGGGAAGCAAAUGAGGAUUAGUAGCGGUGAUGGUGUGGGGUUUGUCAGUAGUAAUAAUAAUAGGAAUGUUGGUGAAGUGAACCAGAGUGAAUUAAAGAAAGCGUUUUUGCAUUUUGUGAAGGUGAUUAAUGAGAAUGAGGCUGAUAGGAAGAAGUAUUUGGAGGAUGGGAAGCAAGGGCGGCUUCAAUGUGUGGCUUGUGGCAGGUCUUCCAAAGACUUCCCAGACAUGCAUGCUCUUAUAAUGCACACGUACAGCUCAGAUAAUGCUGAUGUGCGUGUGGAUCACUUGGGCUUACAUAAAGCUCUCUGUGUUCUAAUGGGAUGGAACCAUUCAAAGCCUCCUGAUAACUCAAAGGCCUACCAAUUCUUACCUGCUGAUGCAGCAGGAGCAAACCAGGAUGAUUUGAUUAUGUGGCCACCAAUGGUGAUAAUUCAUAACACAAUUACAGGGAAGGGUAAAGAUGGGCGCAUAGAAGGUUUGGGAAACAGAGCAAUGGAUAGCAAAGUGAGAGAUCUCGGAUUUGUGGGUGGCAAGUCAAAGUCCUUGUAUGGAAGAGACGGUCAUCUAGGCAUUACCCUUGUAAAGUUUGGUGGUGAUCAAUCAGGUCUGAAAGAGGCUGUACGGCUGGCAGACCACUUUGAGAAGGAUAAUCGUGGACGCAAAGCUUGGGGUUGCAUACAGCCUCUGACAUUUGGCAAGGAUGACGAGAAAAAUCCAAACCUUGUGAAGGUGGAUAGGAGUGGGGAGAAAAACAGGAUUCUAUAUGGUUAUCUUGCAACAGUUGCUGAUCUAUACAAGGUUGAUUUUGAGACAAGGAAGAAGGUCGUGAUUGAGAGCCAUCAGGAACACAAAGCAUCCAAGUAGACUAUGGAUGAUGACAUGAGGCCGUUUGCUAACUCUAUUUAAGUUAAGAGGCAGCCUCUUGGAGUUUGGAUGCUAACUUAUCAGUGUUUGUAUUGACAGCUUGUGGUACGCGGGAAUUUUACAGCUUCAGGUCACGUGAUUGUUUACAUGUUCCCCUGUUAUUCGCCCGCUAAUGUAUAGACAUGAGUUGGCAUCAUACUUGCAAGCACUGAUUAUGCACGCUACCAUUUAUCUGUGCUAACUACACGUAGGAUUAAAUGCAUGGAAAAAGGGAGAUCUCUCUCAAGGAAAGAGUCUUCACGUGUGUGCUUGUUGAAGUCGGGAUGCCGAAAUGAAGAUGUUUUCUUUGGAAUUGAAGGGUGACAACUUGCACAGCGGUUUGGAUGGUUUAACAGGACGCAGCGCAGCCUGGCUUCUUUGGAAUUUAAGCAAAGUCGCCCAUUCUAAAAUCGUGGUGAUUUUCUUGUUUCUUUCUUCCUAAAUUCCGUGGGACCAUAAGAUCGUUUAUUUAUGCUGGUGGUGAGUGUAAUGUUAAUGACUGCCUGGUUGAUGGGUCGCACACUGACUCGCACUCUCAAAAGUUAUGAAGAUUUGAUAUCCUUAUGACACUGCUAGUAAAUAGGAGAAAAGACAUCUGAUAACCAUGCACUGAGAAAUUGUACGAGAUGAGGCCUUUAUCUUGGCCAAUUAUUUUCUGGGGUUCUUGAUAAUGACAAUGUUGUCUUAACACU